AUGUCGUCAAACGAGUUAAUGGCUUUGAAUGAAGGUUUCCCUGAAGUUAUAGAGGAGUUUUUGGAACAUGAACCAACUAUGAAAUGUGUCGCUUUCAAUCGUCGCGGUACUCUGCUAGCUGCUGGGUGCAACGAUGGAAGUUGCGUUAUCUGGGAUUUUGAAACUAGAGGCAUUGCGAAAGAGCUUAGAGAUGAUGAAUGUUCUUCUCCGAUAACCAGUGUUUGUUGGUCGAGGAGUGGUAAUCGAAUUCUUGUAUCUGCGGUUGACAGGUCCCUAACAUUGUGGGAUGUUAUGAGUGGUACAAGAACAACUAGGAUAUUUUUGCUACAAACUCCUCUACAAGUUAGUUUUUGUCCAAGUUCAUCAAACUCUUCUCUCUGCUUGGUAUGUCCAGUCUCAUGUACUCCAAUGAUUGUUGACUUAAACAAUGGAAAUACAACUCUUUUGAAAAUUUCUGUGUUAGAGAAGUCAAAUGGACUAAACCAUGCGGCCUCGCGUAACAAGGGGCCUGGUGGAACCCCCUUCACGCCUGCGGCUGCAUGUUUUAAUAAGCACGGAAAUUUGAUUUAUUUGGGAAACUCCAAAGGAAAAAUACUUGUGAUUGAUGGUAAAGAUGGUGAGGUACGUGCCAUGGUUCAUGUAUCUGAUUCUGUUGUGAAGAAUGUUGUAUUCAGCAGGAAUGGACAAUAUCUUUUAACGAACUCUUAUGAAAGAAUAAUCAGGAUUUAUGAAAACCUUCUCCCUUUGAAAGAUGAAAUUAAAGCACUUGAUGAACUAGAUGAGAACCAAAAGGAUCUACAUGGAAUUGAGAAAUUGAACGUUGUAGGAUCAAAAUGUUUAACGUUAAUUCGGGGAUUUAAAGAUUCUGUCACGAAGGUGCACUGGAAAGUGCCAUGUUUCAGUCGUGACGGUGAGUGGGUUGUUGGUGGUUCUGCUAGUAAAUACGAGCACAAGAUUUAUAUAUGGAAUAGAGAAGGAAGUCUUGUGAGAAUCCUUGAAGGGCCUAACGAAACUCUUCUCGAUUUGGCAUGGCAUCCUGUACGACCUAUCAUUGUAUCUGUUUCUGUGACUGGUGUAGUUUAUAUCUGGGCUAAACAUUACACUGAGUAUUGGAGUGCUUUAUCUCCCGAUUUCACAGAUAUUGAUGUAAAUGAGGACCUUGUAGAGGAAGAAGAUGAAUUUGAUUUGAAUCCUAGAACAAAGGUAAAGAUAUCUGAUGUUGAUGAAGACGAGGAAGUUGACAUCAUGAAAGUGGAGAAAGAUACCACUUUCAGUGACUCUGAUAUGUCUCAAGAAGAGUUAUGUUACUUGCCAACAAUUCCCAUUCCCGAUCCUCCUGAACCACAAGUUCCUGAACAACAAGUUCCCGAACCAAUAAUUCAGGAACAACAAGUUCAGGAACCUCAAGACAAGAUUUUAGAAUUCUCUUCAAAUCUAGUGGACAACAAUAAAUCCGAUUCUCCUCUUUCAGAAAUAGCUAAACCAAAUAUAGAUGAUGCUGAGGGAACAAGGUGUAAAAGAAUGCGAAAACCUUCGCAAAAGAUGCUGGAGUUGCAGGAACAAAAAGCCAAGAAAACAUCAAAAGUCAAAAAGAAACCUUUAGCUGAGGAAACUAGUGAUGAUGCUGAUGCUGGUGCGGAGGGAACACAAAUUAAAAGAGGGCAAAAACCUUCUAAGAAGGAUAAAGGUAAAGAACCACAAGUUUAG